AUGUUCAGGCAGUUUGGAGUUGGAUUAAUUAGUGCUCGUCUUGUUGCUACGAAGAAGAGAUUUGCCAUUGUCAUCAUUGUCCCGGUCUCAGCCACGCUCACACCAAAGAAGAUGAAUCAUGAAGAUUUUUGCCAAAUUGCUUCUGUAUGUACGGAGCAAAUAGGUCCAAGGUGUCGACGGUUUUUCAGCCCUUCAAAUUUUAUGAAGUCUGAGAAAGAUGAGUCUGGAAGAAUUUCCAUCCUGCUGUUUUACCUUUAUGUGAUGCGCACAGUUUCCCUCACUAAGGCGAGAAUUGAUAUGAGCGAGCUUGAUGAGGAUUUUGAUGGUUUCCUUCACUCUCAUGAAAUGGAGGUCUACAUUAGAGAUCUUAAUCCUAAUUUGACACAACGACGAGGUAGGCCUGCAGGUUCUAUUCAAAUGAACUACCGCAUAGCUGCAUGCAAAUUUCUCUUCCUUUGUGAUCCUCACAGGCGAGGUAAAGCAUGCAUAAAGAAGGAACUACUUAGUAACUGCCUCCAGGAACUCAUGGAACUGCACCAAGAAAGUGAGGAAGAAGUCACUGAUACUGAAAACUGGUUCUCAUUGACAUCCGCCCAACGGAUAUAUGAUAUGAUUCUUGCUCUAGAUAAAGUUCUGAAUGGGACAUUGAGCAAGCAGGAGCUUCAAGAAUAUGCAGAUGGUACAUUGACAGAAAUAUUCAUCAAGCGGGCAUUUGAUAAACAUGUUCGGCAUGGCAAAAAUGGUGGUGGUGGUGAUAAUGCACGGAAGAUGGAUUUUGAAAGUUUCCUUGACUUUGUUUUGGUCCUAGAAAAUAAAGAUACACCGGGAGGAUUGACAUAUUUGUUUCGGUGUCUUGAUCUCCAUGGAAGAGGGUACCUUACAACAGCUGAUAUCCACACACUUUUCAGAGAUGUACGUCAAAAAUGGAUCGAGGGAGGGAACUACGAGCUGCACAUUAAGGACGUAAGAGAUGAGAUAUCAAGAUUCCUUAAAUUGCAUAUGCAGAGAGCACAACAGCGCAUGGAGUUGGCCUACGACCGCAAUCACCGGGAGCUUGAAUUGGCAGUUGGGGAUUGGGUCUAUUUGAAGUUCCAGCCUUACCGGCAAGCUUCAGUAGCCCGACAAGUUUGGCAGAGAUUAGCUCCUAAGUAUUUUGGCCCAUUCAUGGUGAAUGAACGAGUGGGACAGGUGGCUUACAAAUUGGGGCUUCCCACUUGCUUGAAAUUACACCCGAUUUUCCAUGUUAGUAUGCUGAAGCCUUAUCUAAGCCCUACAACUAAGGUCAGCCCAACCCUUCCGCAAUUCACAGAAGAUGGGGGUAUACUGAUUGAACCACGACAAAUCAGAAAUGUAAGAGGGGUCAAGAUAGGCAAGAAGUUACACAAGCAGGCCCUAGUCAUCUGGAAAAACUUGCCACCAAAAAUGCCACUCAGGAGGACUAUGACAAACUACAAGAUCAGUAUCCCCACAUCAACCUUGAGGACAAGGUGUUUCUUGAAGAAGGUGGGACUGAUAGGCCCUCAACUACCCACUCGGGCCCACAACAGGAAACCCAGGCCCAAGACACACAGCAAGUCAGGCCCAGAAGUCCCACAUGUCAGUCCAGAACACCACAUGAAUCACACGGGUGGCACCACCCAAUACAUUCAUAUAUAA